UCAAUAAAUACUAUAAUAGCAUAUAAAUAAAAAACACUGAAUUUAAUGCAUUAUGAUGCUCACAAUGAUGAUGCUCACGGGUUCAAAUCCCAGAAAACACAUAAAUGCACUGAUAUGCAUGCUGCUUUCAGCCAAAUGCAUAAAUGUAAAUACACAGGAAGAGCAUGAAUUCUAGUUGACAUAGCAGAUUUAGAGAGGAAAACCUAGCAAAUGCAGCUUGUCAGCAUUUGAUGUAACUGUCAGCAAAAUAGACGGAACAAGAGACGCAGAACGGAACCGAACAGAAUGUACGCUGGUUGUUGUAUCAACUCACUUUGAGACUGUGCGACAUUUCAGGCCUUUCCUUCUCUUUUUCUCUCUCUCGCUCCCACAGAAUGGGGGUGUGCAAGGAGGGGAGGGAUCGUAUCAGAGGGGGGUCUGUCUGUCUGCGUGUGUGAAGGCACAGACGGUUCAGUAGUAAUGUGAUGUGUGUCCCGAGGGAUGUUUGAUGGAUUAAUGCUGAGCAGCUCCAUUGCGAUGUACCACCUGAUCUCACUCCCACCGUCUGCCUCUAUAAAACCUGCCUGACUGCUGAUCUCAGCUAGUCUUACAGUCUCUCCUCUCUCUGUCUGUCUCUCUUUCUUCCUCUCUUUCUCUCUCUCUCUCUCUCCUCUAUCUCUUCCUCCUCUCAACCGCCUCCGCUGCAGGCCAGGAGCUAUCCAGUGCUGAACAAGUGAAUUUUUUCCUUUUUUUUUCAGCAGCGUAAGCGGGUGUGUGUGUGUACAGUAGCAGUCACACAUACACACACACACACACACAGUAUUGUACCAUCAGACAUCUCUCUCCUCCUGCGUGCUCUUCAUUUUUCCUUUAUCUACAGUCGCUGGUUGUUUUUUUUUAGUUUCUGGGACGUGGAUCUUUUUUUAUGUGACGGAUUUCAUUCGGGACGAUUUUCUUCAGGGUUUUUUUUGUGCGAGUCCGUCUGCGGCCGAUGUGAAGGAUUUCUGGUGCGUCUGUGGCCGUGCGACCGUGUGUGAACCAUGCCUCGCUCGUUUCUUGUGAAGAAAAUUAAACUGGAUGAUUUUUCAUCUCCUGUGUCAGCAUCUAAUCAUCAUCAUCAUCACCAUCAUCAUCUCGAUGACUCCUUUACACGUUCUCGCUCAAGCCUGGGCGUCCGGCUCUGUGAAAAUGGCUACAUCCAAGAUUACAUCAGCUCUUCUGAGUACGCAGAGGAGAAGCAGGCUGACAUGAAACUGAGCUCAGAUCCGCUGUACUCCCCCGUCAGCAGCGGAGGUGGGGAGUACUGCCAACCAGACCUGGAGCACCCGGACAGCCCUCAGUCUGGCCUCACGGCCCGCGGAUACUUCAGCAGCGAGAGCGAAUCUCUCAGCGAGGGCUACACCAUGGAUGCGUUCUUUAUAUCUGACGGCCGCUCAAGGAGGAAGGGCGAGGUUGUGGAAACAAGAAAAGAUGCCGCAGAGGAGAAAGAAGUGGCCGGGGCGAACAAUGGAGGUCCACGACACACCUGCAAUGAGUGCGGAAAGACCUACGCCACUUCAUCCAACCUGAGCAGACACAAGCAGACCCACCGCAGCCUCGACAGCAAGAUGGCGCGCAAGUGUCCCACUUGUGACAAGGUUUACGUGUCAAUGCCGGCGCUGGCCAUGCACAUCCUCACUCACGACCUCAAGCACAAAUGUCACGUGUGCAGUAAAGCCUUCAGUCGGCCUUGGCUGCUGCAGGGGCACAUGCGGUCACAUACGGGAGAAAAACCCUUCGCCUGCGCCCACUGCGGGAAAGCCUUCGCCGACCGAUCCAACCUACGAGCGCACAUGCAGACACAUUCGGCCUUCAAACACUACCGCUGCAAGCGCUGCAAUAAGACCUUCGCGCUGAAGUCCUACCUGAACAAACACUACGAGUCCGCCUGCUUCAGAGGCUCCGGAGACGAGGACGAGUCUGGCUCCGAGAAUUAACAAAAGAAAAAAGAUGAAGACAAGUUAACGCUCUCAAAAAUCUCCCCACAGACUCCCCUUCACAGAACCCCACUAUCCCUUUUUUAGAAAGCAAUAUUUUCACCAAGAAAAAAACCAAACCAACCCAAUAAUAAGAAGACAAUAAUGAAUAGAUGCUGGAUUUUUUUUCUUUGGUAACAAAAAAAAAAAAAAAAAAAAAAGACCCUCUCAUAUAGACACAUACAAUUAUGAGGCCUGGCAUGCAAAUUUUUAUGAACAUAAUACUAUUAAUAACGAUAGUAAUAAUAUUUAGAUUACUGAUGUUUUAUAGCAAAUCAUAAAAAAGACAUAAAAAAGGACAGCAACAGGUUUGUGCUUUUUAAGAAAUGAAAAUCAAUUUGUAUUUUUAUGCUGCUCUUUUAUUUUGAAUUCUUUUGCAACUGCCAACAUAAACUUUUUAUGAAAAUGUGAAUAAUGACAGUAUUUGCAAAAAAAAAAAAAAAAAAAAAGAUUGUAGACCUCUGAAAAGGUACAAACUUUUGUUACACUUUUGGUAUUUUAUUUAUAAUUGUUAUUUUUAUAUUCAAAGUUUCCUGCAGUUUCAUGGUUUCACUAUUUAUUUGUUUAUUUAUUUAUUUAUUUGUGCCAAUCAUGUCCUGUAACUGUUCGAGCAGAGCGACCAUCACUAUGUGUUUUACAAUAUGGAGGAAACAGCACUCAAGACUAAACAUUUCAAUGAUCACCAAACAUUCGAAACAUUCACAAUACGGACGACAGGGACUUUCAAUGACUUCUUUAGCAGAUCUCUGCUCGCUCUGCUGGGCUUCCUCACACUAACACAGACUGCAUGUGCUCCAGAUGCCUGGGGCUCCGCCCCUUGUCUUCCUGCUCCAUGAUUACCUCACCCAGAGGCAGGUAUGACCUCUAACCUCUGCUCUGUCAAGCUCUCAAAGUGUCCAUUAUACAAACCUCAUUUCUACCAUUCCAGUAUUGUUGUUGAGUACUUGUGUAUUUAUUUAUGCACUAUUUUCAUUUCCCUAUUUAUUUAAUAUGUAUUUAUUUAUUUAUGUAUCUAUCUAUUUAUUUAUUUAUUUGGUUGAUUAUUCUCUGUGUUAUUGGAUACUGAACUGCCGUUGACCUUUUAAGAUGCUGCUCUUUAAUGAAAAUCUUUAUAUGCAUGAUUCAGCUGUAGAGGGAUUUUAUUCUUUUUCGAGAGGGACGGUAUGCAGUGUUUAAAAGCAGAUGAAUUCAGGUGAUGAUGCUUUGUUUAAUGGGCAAUAAUUCUUCUUAGGUACAGCAACUUGUAUAAUCACAGCUGUCCUGUUAGCAGUCAAUGUAGGGCAAUAAACAGAAAUCUCCUUAAUAUCUCAAAGGUCAUAUCUCAUUUCGUCGUUUCUAGAACUCCAUUUCCUGCUGAGACCAUCCAGAAUGUCUAUGCUAUGGUGUGUUUGUGUGACUCCACCCACAUUUGUGACAUCACAAUUCAUCUCAUUGCUCAAAUGCCAAACAAUUUAGCAUUCCAGAAAUGUCUUUUACAUCUAAACACCAAUAAAAACAAAGCAAAAUCAAAUUAUAUUAAUCCCAGAAGGUGCAAAUCGACCCAAUCUUAAAACACUUUUUUUGUUCUUACAAAUUUAAAUGAAAUUUUAAUAAGAAAAUCAACAGCAAUAAGCCUUUUUCUAACAAUAUUUUUACUAUUACUAUUAUCACAAAUUUAAUAUAACCAUCUUUCAUCUCAGCAGUUUUGAAUGUAAUUAUAAAAAGACUAACCCACAGCAUGACAUAUUUCAUGCAUUUGGUUUUAGCUGUCCAAAUAAAUCCCAUCAUAAGCUGCGGCCGCCAGACAAUGACAUGAAUAUGACAGAGUUUCAAUGACAUGUGAAAUAGGAGUCCCAAAUCCUAGACCCAGAAAUAAUGACCCCCCUGAAUGGCCAAUCAGGAUGGAUUAUUCAGUGUUUGAGUGAAAGGAGUGCUGGGUUCAGGACAGAGAUGAAACAAAGUAGAGGCUUAAUGGCAGCAUUGAUGGAAAUAGCUGAGCAUAUGGCGCCAAUGUGCCACUGCCUCUAUAAUAAAGAUCUGAAAGAUGUUUGGAGAUGAAAGGAUGAGAAGUGCAAUCAGAAAAUGCGACGGUGUAAAUCAUCUGUCUCUUUGCUGUCUGUCCUGUGAAGCAGAAAAAGCGGAAACAAAACUGCUUGUUUCAUAAUAAAAAUACAUUUAGCACCAUCAUGAGGAAAUCCUGCAUAUGAUGAUAUGCAUCAGCAUAUAUGAUGCAGCUCGUGGCAAAAUGAAGAGGCAGUGUCCACUCCCCUAAAGGGUUAACAGGUGUUGGUGGACAGACAGUAGUCUGAGAGCAUAAUUGAGUCUGAGUUUGACCUUGUGAGGAAGGUCGAGCAGCAGCAGCCAAAGGCUCUGUCAGUGUUUUGCAUAUUGUAAAAAGGACGGCACAAUCUCAGUAAUGGGCCAAAACCUGCGGGGAAUAGAUAAUGAGUUUCUCCUCCCACUUUUCUUCUGCUCUUCGCCUCUUAUCCACCCAUUCCUGACCUCGUACAUUGGCACGGUGUGUCCUAGCAGAUUUCUGCAUGGUAUUUCACUCUCAUUGCUGAUGGACAUCAGUGUCAGAAAUAUAAUAACUAUCAUUCAAAUUAAAAGUUAAUACUUGAUCACUGAUACAAUGAUCACUUUUUCAAAUGCUAAAGCGUUAAAUAUUCAAAAUAUAUCAAAUGACUCUUGAUAUAUUUCAUAGUACCUUAUUAGACAGGCCAAUAGAAUAAAAUAUUUAGUGUAAUAUGUAAUAUAUAUACACUACCGUUCAAAAGUUUGGGGUCAGUAAACAUUUAAAAAAAAAAAUAUACUUUUAUUUAGCAAGGAUACAUUAAAUUGAUCAAAAUUGAUGGUAAAGAAAUGUAUAAUGUUACAGAAUGUUUCUAUUUCAAAUAAAUGCUGUUCUUUUGAACUGUCUAUUCAUCAAAAAAUCCUGAAAAAAUGUAUCACAGUUUCCACAAUCUGUUUUCAACAUUGAUAAUAAUAAGAAAUGUUUCUUGAGCAGAAAAUCAGCAUAUUUGAAUGAUUUCUGAAGGAUCAUGUGACACUGAAGACUGAAGUAAUGAUGCUAAAAAUCACAGGAAAAUAUUACACUUUAAAAUAUAUUAAAAUAGAAAUCAGUUAUUUUAAAUUGUAAUAAUAUUUCACAAUAUUACUGUUUUUACUGUGUUUUUGAUCAAAUAAAUGAAGCCUUGGUGCACAUAAGAGACCUCUAGUCUUACUUUUGAAUGGUAGUGUAUAUGAAGUAAACAGAGAUGUUAUCUAAUAGAUAUAUUAUGUCUUCUCAUUUUAAAUAUCUGGAGCACAUUUGGUUGCAUUUUUGCAUUCAUUAAGUCCUGAUUCAUUUCUGACCCUGAUGGACAUUCAUCCUGCUUAUAUUCCUAAAUCAUCCCCUCAUAUUUCUGACACCCCCACAGCUGUGAAGAAUCAACAGACUAUCUAUUAUGAAUAUCCAUCUGGAUAUUUUCCAUUGUAAUAAGGCUUGAAUUCAGAGUCAGUUCUAAUUAUGCAAAGCUUAAUGUAAUGUAGAUGAGCUCUUUUAAAGGCUAUUCCAAAGGACUACCAUCAUCUCCAUCAUCACCAGAAAAAUCUUUUUCCACAAACGUUCGGAAAUGUGAGAUAACUGAAGAGACUGAGAAAGUGAAAAUUGUAAAUAUGUGUGUAUAUAGAUCUCAGCAAUAAUGAGACGCCGCAUGUGAGCCGAUCCCUUUUGCUUUUACCUUUUCUGAGCUGUUUAACCCUGGACAGGCUGAACAGGAUCAGGGACUUCAUUAGCUCAUUACCUGCUGUAGCUACCAGCAAUAUUAACAAUGCUAAUCAUUCUCUCUCUGUUCACCAGGAUCUACCCAUAUUUCUUUGUCUCUCUCUCUCUUUUUCUCUCCUGUUUUUUUUUUUUCUCUCUUUUGUGGAAGUGCCCAGCCUGGCUGAACAAUAAUAUGAAGUGCCAAAAAAUUAAAGAGUUAUUUCCAUGACAAAAGCCUUCAGCAUAUGGUAGGCAACUCACAGCCCUCCAUAUGGUCCUUGAGAGAUUUCAGAUUGUGUCUCUUCUUUCCCCUUGCCUUCUCUCUCUCUCUCUCUCUAUCUUCCUUCCUCCCUGUGUUAAAACAAAGAUUUUUCCACUUCUGAUAUUACAUUUUGCCUGUUAUGAAGGGUAAAGCCAAUAGUGAUGUUUAUGAACAAUAAAAUCAAUAGCACAAGCAGUCUGUUGCCUCUUUUUUUUAUCGACUUAAUGUUUUACUUCCAUUUCUCUCAAACACAGAAGAUGAACACUGAAAGUGCUUUUAGAUGCUUUUAAAGCUUUCAGAUCUCCCUCACGGACCCCUGACCUUUGUUUAAAACCCCUGCAUUAGCAGAACUGUGUAUUCCAACCUGUAGUCUGUACUUCUUCCUGUUAGACAGACAUAAAUUCUGAUCACAACACAUGAUCAGAAUGACUGAGCGACUUCUUCCUGUGCGCCUCCCUGACAACGCCCACCUAUCUCAGCAAUGGCGCUGCUGAACUGGGAUCAGCCUUCCCUGCAUGCAUCAGUGCUAUAACUAUGACCGGAAGAACAUCCAAACUGUAAUCAAGUCAGCUAAAGUCACUCUGAAACCUGACGCACAAGCAUCUGUCCUGGUGCUGUUAAGCCAGUCCAAGUCAUUAAAUGUUAAUGAAACAUUGAUUUUAUGUUACACUCUGGCCUUACCAAGAUGCAGCACUCAGAGCUGAAUGAGACAGAUUACUGAUGCUGAGGGAGAGACAUUGUCAUCAGGAUAGAGGAGGGCCAAGAAUGAUGUCUAAGAAUCCGGAAACACGAGUCAGGCUCAACCAUUAUGUCCUUCACUGUCCUACAGUGUUUUAGUUCGGCUUCGUUUUUCUAUCUGUUCGACUGAUUUAAUGGAUUACACUGCUCUAUAUUAAUUAACUGGUGUAUUUAAAUAUUGUAAAUACAGGAUAAGUCCAGCUCUUGGAAUACUACUAUAGGCCAAAACUACCAUAAACAUUGAUGGAAACAAGCAUCUCAGUCAGAAUAGUCAUAGAUCAAUUUGUUUUUCAAUGUUUGUUGUUCCAGUUUGGUCCCUGACAAGUAUUUGUUUACAAAAACAGUUCUUAGUUAGUACAAAACGAUCCAUCCAAAAUCUCACACAGAUCACAUCUUUUAGCUCAAUUACAACUCAAACCUUGAGCCUCUGCUCAGACCAGGACUGACUAUGGUUAUGGCUGUAUUUCUAAUGUAUUGCUGACAUUUUAUUGGAUUAAUAAAGCCUUUUUUUUUUUUUUCUUUUUCUUUUU